GUCAUACGCCAAUCCGACAUCGACGAACGAUCGUUCCGCCUACGCGCCGAUCUCGAAGCGGAACGUCGAUCGCAAUAGCGCGUGAACGUUUAUCCCCCGCUUGAUUCUCUUCGCGGAUCACCGAAAUAUCUCUUCUCACCGCGCGCGUUUAACCUCGCGGAAUCGCGCCGGUCUUGAUCGCGCCUCGUGACUUUAGGUUUCUUUGAAAUUGUCCAAGUGUCGCAUUUGCUGAGUAUACCAGUCGUGAUUGUUGAAUUAGAGAACCAGACAAAACACAGAUAAAUCAAAUUGGGCCGGGCGGUUCAACAAUUUGGUGAUAGAAUAAGAAGGAUAGAAAAAUUAAGUGAUUAGAAGUGACAUACGUUUUACAGUGCGGAUCUUGAAUCUUGAAUUACCCUACCGCGUUUGAUAUCUGAUAACGAAUGAUUGAGGAGGCACGAUGAACGGGGCAGCGACAGUCACAGCCACCGAAGAUCAUCAACAUCAACAUCAGCAAGCGCAGAAUGAAACGGCUUCGGAGCAUCCACGGAGUCCCGCCAGUCCGCUAAGCGUUAGACACGACUCCGGCGAGAGCAGCGUCAUUUCCCCGGGUCUGCCAGAGCGUUACAGUCCUCUGGGGGCGACGGGAUCCACGUCCAGCCACGAUCCUUACGCCUCCCGAUCGGUCCAGGAGUGCCCGGUACCCCUCUGCAGAGGAAUGCCGACGGAUUUCCCUCUAGCCCGAUCACCGUACCUGACCGCGCUCGGGAAUGGUCAUCCGCAUUUGCUGGGUCAGGUGCAGCAUCAGCAGCAGCAGCAACAGCAACAGCCGCAGCAACCGCAGCACGGCAGCAAACCGCCGCGUAGUCUCGGACUGAUAUGUGUGGUCUGCGGCGACACUAGUUCCGGCAAACAUUACGGGAUACUCGCCUGUAACGGCUGCAGCGGCUUUUUCAAGAGGAGCGUCCGACGAAAGCUGAUAUAUAGAUGUCAAGCUGGUACCGGAAGGUGCGUUGUGGACAAGGCGCAUCGAAAUCAAUGUCAGGCUUGUCGUCUAAAGAAAUGUAUGCAAAUGGGAAUGAAUAAAGAUGCUGUUCAAAAUGAACGUCAGCCAAGAAACACUGCCACCAUCAGACCAGAAGCACUCGUAGAGAUGGACCAAGAACGAGCGCUGCGCGAAGCCGCCGUCGCCGUAGGUGUCUUUGGACCGCCCGUAUCCUUGGCCAUGGCGAGAUACACUACGCCACUACCUCUGCCUACAGUCGCACCAACAACAAAUUCCACAAACAAUGCAUCAACACCACCUCGACAAGACAACGAGGACGGAAACGCGUCCGAGGAUAGCAUAGAUGUAACAAACGAAGAGCCGUUGACACCUCAACGAAGCGGAUGUGCUCAGCUUCCACCGGUGCUGCCGUCGUUGUAUUCACCAGCCAGUGCCGAAACCGUUUACGAAACUAGCGCGAGGCUACUCUUUAUGGCAGUAAAAUGGGCGAAGAAUCUUCCCUCCUUUGCUGGCCUGCCAUUCAGAGAUCAGGUAAUAUUGCUGGAAGAAGUCUGGUCCGAGCUGUUUCUACUGAAUGCAGUUCAAUGGUGUCUGCCGCUCGAAUCUUCACCUCUCUUCAGCGCCGCUGAGCUUACUGCCCUGACCCUCUCGCCUCAUCCGCAUCCGCACUCAGGGCUGCAUCUGCAAACCACCACGGGGAAGCCCAGCCAAGUGGCGGCGGACGUCAGACACUUACACGACACCCUGCAGAGAUACAAGGCAGUCAUGGUCGAUCCUGCGGAAUUCGCUUGUAUGAAGGCCAUCGUUCUCUUCCGCCCAGUGGAUCAUGCCACUGCAAUCAUGUCACUAUUACCAUGA